UGACUGGCUCGCCAUGACCUCGGCAAAGGAGGCUAUCCUGAGUACAGAAUGGCCUGUAAUACCAACAUCAACUCUGAUGGACUCCUCGUGCUAUCCAUUGUUGGUCUUGGCGCGUCACUCCUCAUUCCCUCGUCCCUACUGUGUUUUCUCCCUCGCCCCCGAUGUCACCGCGAGUACACUUCUCGUCCAGGAAGGUGCGUGGAGCGCCGGAUCACACGAUGAUGUCAUCCCGUUGACUCGAUUGUAUCAGCAGAAGUAUCAUCUACGAGCGGAUCCCUCCCAGAGGGUCCUUAUCGCCUCAGCCCGGCCCGCACCUUUAAGACCCGGCAAGUGCAAGACUCCAGCGCCCAAGUCUGCUGUCUAUUUGUUACCACAAUAUGUUCAACUUCAUCCACUCGAGGAGGAGGGCCCUCAGAUGAAGCAUGAGCUCCAGCACGCUGUACCAUGGGGUUUAGUACACCUUGCACGAGGACUAGCGAUUGGUCAUGUUUGUGACGCAUGCGGUGCUCCUGGCGCUGAUCGAAUGAUGGCUGAAGCUCUCACAGCAUAUGAUGGUAUCAAUACUCGGCUGGCUUGGCUCGGUGAUGCCUUCUGGAGAGUUCUCGUUACCGACCGAUUGUAUUGGUCGAAUGAGUAUCAAGCGGAGGCAUUCGUGGAGCUGUGCGAUCGUCAUCCCUUCCUCACCAAUGCUACCCUUUUCGAGCCCUUGGCACUGGUCGCGCCAAGGAACGCUCAAGCUGUUCGGAAUAAGCGCUAUGCUGACGUAUUCGAGGCUAUCAUUGGUGCCGUGGGUAUUCACUACUACAGGAGAACCCGCGCAGUCGGGAAGACUCUUAGCCAGUUACACCAGGUUAAGCACUUCCUAGCGCCUGAGGUCGAUGAAAACGAUACUGUGAAAGGUCCUGGAACUCGCGAGUGGCUCAAUCUGGAGCGUUCGCUCACUGUGUGGGAGGAAAGUUCGGAAGGAUCUUCACUUGGUGAUAUGAACGAUCGACGCAAUAGCCUUUAUCGAGCCUCCAGUAAUUCACCACUUUAG